AUGAAGCUGAAAUCUGGGUGUUUUCUGCAGUAUUUGUAUUUAGAUGAAGUAUACUGCUUGUUGUCAGUAAGAAAUGCUAAGGCACUGACAGACUAUUUCCAGCUCCUGGACGUUCAUAGGAAGAAUGCCCUGAACAAUCUGCAGUUUUAUUGCUUUCUCCAUUAUGUGACUGACCUGAGGAAGAAGCAUAUCAUGCUGCUGUUUGACUUACUGGAUCGAAACGCGACGGGGGAGAUCGGCUUUGAUGAGUUCUACAUGCUGGUGUGUCUUCUGCUGGCUCAUGAGAACCAUCUUGAGAAGCAGUUCAUCUAUCGACACUCGGGGACUGCCUUCAGACUGCUGGACAGAGACGAUGGUCACACAAUCAGUCCUAGGGAAUUUCAAGCCACGGGGUUUCUCUUUAACAUCAAGAAAGAAGAACUUCAGAAGAUAUUUAAGGACUUUGAUAUAUCUGGAGAUGAGCAACUGAACUACAAGGAAUUCAAGAUGUUUUCAGUAUUCUGCAUUGACAAGCAACAAGAGAAGAAAAAGGAGAAAAUGAGAAGGAGGAUGACCAAGGGGAGUCCAGGACUGAGAGGAACCAGCCCUGCCGAGCUUGCAGCCACCUUCUCCCUGGAGCACGUAGAUCGAAUCUUGUGUUUCUGCACUGACUUUGGCAGUCACUCAUGUACAAUAAGGAGCAAAAUCGAGUUCGCCAUCAAAGGCUUUUUCACUUAG